AUGCACAGACGAAUCUUCGUCCUGGCCGGUCUGGUCCUCGGCGUGGCCAGUCAAAGCAAAUGCCCGGGCUACACGGCUAGCAAUGUCCAAGAGACGUCAAGUGGGCUAACCGCGACUUUGCAGCUUGCCGGAGAGGCAUGCGACGUCUACGGAACAGAUCUUCCGAACCUGACAUUGACCGUUGAGUAUCAGACUGAUACUCGCCUGCAUGUGCUGAUCGAAGACCUGGACCAGAACGUCUAUCAGGUCCCUGAGAGCGUCUUUCCUCGGCCAUCUCCAGGAUCCGGUUUUGCCUCCAGCUCGCAACUGCAGUUCAGCUACACAUCAAGCCCUUUCUCGUUUGCGGUUACCCGCCCACAUGGCGAAGUCUUGUUCAACACCUCCGGAUGGCCUAUCAUCUUCGAGUCUCAAUACCUAGGCCUUCGCACAAGUCUGCCGGAGAAUCCUGCGCUCUAUGGCCUUGGGGAGCACAUGGAUCCCUUCCAGCUCAAUACCACCAACUACACCAGGACUCUGUGGUCAAGAGACUCCUAUGGCAUUCCACCGGGCACGAACCUGUAUGGCAAUCACCCGGUCUACCUUGACAAUCGAGGCGAAAGUGGUACACAUGGUGUAGUUCUGCUGAACUCCAACGGAAUGGAUAUCAAGAUCAACGAUACUAAUGGCCAAUACCUCGAAUACAAUACUCUUGGAGGCGUCAUCGAUUUAUAUUUCGUCGCGGGGCCUGGCCCUAUUGAAGCAUCACAGCAGAUAUCCGAGGUCGUCGGCCUACCGGCUAUGAUCCCUUAUUGGAGUCUAGGUUUUCACAACUGUCGAUAUGGCUAUCAAGACAUCUAUCAAGUUGCCGAAAUGAUCCAUAACUACAGCCAGGCAGAGAUACCUCUCGAGACUGCGUGGACAGACAUUGAUUAUAUGGAACUCCGGAAAGUGUUCACUCUUGAUCCGGACCGCUUCCCCUUAGAAAAGGUGCGGGAAGUGGUAGAAUAUCUUCACGAUCGUGAUCAGCACUACAUUGUCAUGGUGGAUCCAGCGGUUGCCUACCAGAACUAUAGCGCGUACAGUAACGGUGUUGAUCUCGAUGUGUGGCUAAAGUAUGACAAUGGAACGAUCUACGAGGGGGUGGUAUGGCCUGGUCCAACCGUAUUUCCUGACUGGUUUCACCCCAACGUCGAGCAGUACUGGAACGACGAAUUCGUCAGCUUCUUCAGUGCCGAGUCUGGGGUCGACAUUGAUGGUCUCUGGAUCGACAUGAAUGAAGCAGCCAAUUUCUGCAACUGGCCUUGCGCAGAUCCAGCAGGAUUCGCUGAGGAGAACAAGAACCCCCCCGAUCCACCGGCUCUGAGAGAUGGGUCGGCGGUUCCUUUACCUGGGUUUCCAGCAAACUUACAACCCGGUGCCGGUAACAUGACGGUCAGACGCCAGGCCUUGGGUACUAAGCAGGGGCUUCCGGACCGUGAAUUAGUUGACCCGCCUUACUCCAUCAUGAAUGCCGCUGGGAGCCUGUCGAAUAAGACGAUCAAUACCGAAUUGCAUCACGCCAAUGGUCUUGUUGAGUAUGAUACGCACAACCUCUAUGGAACAAUGAUGUCUUCCGCUUCUCGAACAGCCAUGCUUGCUCGGCGUCCUUUGGUUCGUCCCCUGGUCAUUACCAGGAGUACGUAUCUGGGUGCUGGCACGCACGUUGGCCACUGGACAGGUGACAAUGCGGCAACCUGGGAGCAAUACCAUCUGUCUAUCUCCGACAUGCUUAACUUCAAUUCGAUCUUUCAGGUUCCGAUGGUGGGAAGCGAUGUUUGCGGAUUUAGUGGGAACACGACCGAGACCCUUUGCGCCCGUUGGGCCACCCUAGGGGCCUUCUACCCCUUUUAUCGCAAUCACAACGAGCUUGGAGCCAUCGGACAGGAGUUCUACCGUUGGGAGUCUGUCGCACGAGCUGCCCGUAACGCCAUCGAGAUCCGCUACCGUAUGCUCGAUUAUUUCUACACACAAUUCUACCUGCAAACGCAAAGCGGCAAACCGAGUUUGAACCCCCUUUGGUUCAUUUACCCCCACGAUUCCAACACUUUUGCCAACUAUGCUCAGUUUUUCUUUGGUGAUGCUGUCCUGGUAUCCCCUGUCAUCGAAGAAAACAGCACUUCUGUCGAGAUUUACAUUCCUGACGAUAUAUUCUACGACUGGAACGCCGGCUUUCUACCAGUCCGUGGUAAUGGUUCUACGACCACUCUCGAUGAUGUAGAUUACACCGUCAUUCCACUGCAUAUCAAGGGCGGAAGCAUCAUGGCGUUGCGGAUGCAGAGCGCCAACACGACAACAAGCCUUCGCAAGAUAGGUUUCGAGAUCGUGGUUGCCCCUGGUCUCGAUGGCACAGCGAACGGUACCCUCUAUCUUGAUGAUGGCGAUAGUCUCGAGCAGCAAGCCACUACACUCGUGAAUUUCACGUACAACCUAGGCAUAUUCCAGAUGACAGGCGACUACAGCUACGACGCUGGGGUGCAGAUUGAGAGCAUUCUGGUCCUGGGAGUUGAUACCCAGCCCGGAAAUGUCACGGGUGCGGGCGGCAAUGAAGUGCCAUACAGCUACAAUGAGCAGUCGAAGGUCUUGAGUGUCAACGUGACCAUUCCCCUUACCGGCGAUGCAGCCGUAAGUGUGGGUGGCCAGGGAAGUGGAGAGAGCGGAGGACCCGGACCGUAUUCGGGCCUCGGUGUCUGUGUGGAACCGACAUUGGGUCGCAAUACUUUGCUUCUGGCGAUGCUGGGGAUAGCCACGGCGGCUGCGACGCUGUAG